AUGAUCUUGUUGAAGCACUCCUUUAACGGUGUUCGAAUUUACCCCCUUCUUUUUACCUUCCUUGAUUCCUGUAAGUUUUUUACAGCACCCCUUUUCUCCAAUUACUCUCAUUCCUCUGUUUCUUACUAUCAUUCCAAUACCCAUAAUCAAAAUUUCAAGAAAAUUACUGAUUUGAAAAAAUUGGAAGAUGCUAUUUAUACUUUUAAUCGUAUGGUGUAUAGAAACCCUGUCCCCCCUUUUCCGGAAUUCACUAAAGUUUUAAACUUUAUUGUUAAAAUUAAACAUUUUGAUUCUGCAUUGUCAUUGAUUAAAAAGUUUGACUUGUUGGGAGUCAACCCUAUUUUGGAUUCUUCAAUCUAUGUUUUCAAUAUUGCCAUAAAUUGUUUUUGUCAUUUGAAAAGAGUGGAUAUCGGGUUCGGGGUGUUAGGGAAAGUUGUUAAACUUGGUUACGAACCGGAUUGUGCUACUUUUAAUACACUUAUUAGGGGAUUAUGUAGUAAUGAUAAGGUUUAUGAGGCGGUUAAGUUGUUUGAUAGGCUAUUGGGAUAUGGGUUUGAACCUAGUGUGGUUACGUAUGGAACGUUGAUAAAUGGUCUUUGUAAAUCGGGAGAUACUCGUGGUGGUGUCAUGUUGUUUAAGAAGAUGGAAAUGUUUGAUUGUUCUCCGGGGAUUAUUCAGUAUAGUACUGUCAUAGAUAGCCUUUGUAAAGAUAAACAGAUUGUGGAAGCUUUGAACUUUUUUGAUGAAAUGAUUUGGAAAGGCGUUGUGCCUAACGUUGUGACUUAUACUUGCUUAAUUGAUGGUUUGUGUAAUAUAAGGUCGUGGGAAGAAGCAUUGAGAUUGUUGAGUGAGAUGCUUGCUCAGGAUAUCUCACCAAAUGUACAUACGUUUACGGUUUUAUUGGAUGCAUUAUGUAAGGAAGGGAGGAUAAUUGAAGCUGAAAGUUUGCUGUCAUUGAUGAUCCGCAGAGGUGUGAAACCUAAUACUGUAACAUACAAUGCACUGAUAAAUGGUUACUGUUUUCUUGGAAAAGUAGAUGUUGCUAGGAAGUUGUUUGAUUCUAUGUUUGACCACUGUUGUACACCUUCGGUUAUCAGUUACAACAUCUUAAUCAAUGGGUACUCUGAAAAUGGAAGAAUCGAUGAAGCUUUGAGUAUUUUUAGUGAAAUGCCUGAGAAAGGUCUUGAGCCUAAUCUCGUGACAUACAACAGCUUUAUCAGUGGUUUGUGUCAUGUGGGCCAACUUGAUGAGGCCUGUUUGCUUCCUUCUAAAAUGAAAUCUCAUGGUCUGAAUCCAGAUAUGUUCACUUACAAUACUAUAUUAGAUGCCCUCUGUAAGAAUAGAAAACUAGAUGAAGCCCUAAAGUUUUUUGAUUCUAUGACUGAUCAAGGUUGCAAGCCUUCAGUUAUCAGUUACAACAUCUUAAUCAAGGGGUACUCUGAAAACAAUAAAGGAGAUGAUAUGCUAAGUCUUUUUCGCAAAAUGUCUGAGAAAGGUAUUCCUCCUAAUCUCGUGACGUAUAACACCCUUAUUAGUGGUUUGUGUCAUGUGGGUCGACUUGAUGAGGCCCGUUUGCUUCCUCCCGAAAUGAAAUUUAAUGGUCUGGAUCCAGAUAUUUUCACUUACAAUACUAUAUUAGAUGCCCUUUGUAAAUAUAAAAAGUUAGACGAGGCUAUAAUGUUGUUCAACAUGCUGGAUGGUGAGGGUGUUACCCCUGAUAUUGUUACAUGCAAUUGUCUUAUUGAUGGUAUGUGCAAAUCUGGCAAAACUGAUGCCGCAUAUGGGAUCUUUCUUAGUGUAGCUGCUAGAAGCUUGAAACCUAAUGUCCGUACAUACAACGUCAUGAUUGAUGGGUUGUGUAAAAUGGGUGAUCUUAGUAAAGCAGAUAUGUUGUUUCGAGAAAUGAAAGCAAAUGGCUGCCUCGCUGAUGAGAUUACUUAUAAGAUUAUGGUGCAGGGAUUUCUCAAAGCGAAUGACACGACCAGGGCUAUAGAGUUUCUUAAUAGACCACAUGAUGCCAGUAUUUCUGCAGAUGCAAAGAAUUUGCUAAAUAGAUUUCUAUCCACUGUUGGGCUAAAAUGUUCUUCCAACCUUUAAAUUGAGAAAUAUCCAUUGAUGGUUGAUAUAUUCAGUGACAGCUUCAGCAUAAAAUGCGAGUGGCCUGGGCAGAUAAAGUCGAGUUGAUGAAGAACAUAAGUGAAACAAAAAUGAAACAUUGAUUGAAGAAUUCAGUCGUCUUCGUGAAUCUAGUUGAUGAAGAUACGGAAAGCCUCACUUUAUGCAUGCCAGAUUUUUGGUAGCAAAAAGAGGAAGGAGAAAGCAAAGUUUUAUCUAGCUUUCUGCAAGCCAACAACACUAAUUUGUAAUCGAACCGUUACUCGCCAGACAGCGCUGCAUAUAUUGUUUAGACAUGGAAACUUUAAAGUUUCACAAAGAGACAGAUUCAGAAGAAUGGAGAUAAUAGUGGUACAAUAUAUGAGGAAGAUAGCACUAAGGUCCAGAUCGAUGCUGCUGGAGAUGAAGCUAACUAUUAUUUCAGUUUUACAUGCAAAUAGGAGCUGGCUGAGGAAGUGCACAUUUCAGACAGAGAUCAAGGGAGUCGGAUGCUUCAAAAAUUAUAUAUUGCGGACUUGAGACCCGUGUGGUCCGUUCUCCUUUUAGCAAAAGAACAGUUAUUUGAUCAAUUUACAGACGGCCCUAUUUUACUUUUUCUGGUGAUAAAGGUUUUAGUGAUGGAUGAAAUUAAUUCAUGAAUCAGGGCCCGAGAGUGAAAAAUUCACCUUUGUGCUAUGAACAGGCAGUAAGGUAAACCAAAUGAUGCAAAGGUAUCCGUUGAAGAAAAGUAUAGGAAACUCGUAUGGGGUUCCAAAACUUUUUUCAUUAUAUGACUGUACAAAACCUGGUCAGUGGGUCUGUGGGGUUGAUACCUAAUACCGAAAUAUGUAAAGGUACCUCCAGCCCUGCUUGUAUAUUGUAUAUUCAUUGGUAUCUGUUUGUGUAGUAAAUACUUAUAGGUUUUUGUAGUUUUUUUUAAUCAUAUAAACAGGAUGUAACACAAAGGGUGAUUAGCCUAGAUCCCAUACGAACAAUAGUCUUCAAUUUUGGGAAGACACAAUCUUUUGGGUGUGGCAUUCAUUGAUACUGAUUAUGCUAUUACUGUGUGCAUUUGCCGGUUCUAUUGUAGACAAUCAUGAUUUUAUAGCUAUUUGUUAGCGUUUACUUUGCUA